CGAUUAUAGAAAUUGAAACUGUGUUGAGUGUCAUCUUGAGCAGGAGAGAAGAAGAAUGCAUGAGGACGUGUGCAGAAACCACUCUCUGAACAGGACGGAAGACAUGGCGGUUCACAGUCCACCUAACGGGACCACGGCCACCCCGUGGAGGAGCAGCAGGAGGAGGCUUUCGCUCCUGGAGCAGCUGAGGAGCUACCAGGAGGCCUGGUGCCCCGCAGCCCCAUGGGACAGAGAGCAGGCUCACUCUGCCCUCCGUGGGACUCCUGCUGGAAGGUUCCUGGUGAUUCGGGACUUUGGGACAUCUCGGCCCAACCUGCUCUGUGUGUCUGCUGGAGACCAGAACCACGACGUUCUUGAUUACAACAUCAGCUGCACCGACACUGGUACGGUGUUUGGAGCGGAUGACUUCCUCCCCUGCUUGACCUGGGUGCUGCUGCGGAGCGACUUGGCCACCCUGCAGGUGGACACAGACUAUAUGAUGGAGCUGCUGGAUCCCACACAGCUGCAGGGAGAGGGCGGCUACUACCUUACGACUCUGUACGCCGCUCUCUUCUAUAUCAGCAGCUUCCGGCCACGGCUGGCAGCGCGCCAGCUCAGCGUGGAGGCCCAAAACUCUAUUAACCAAUGGCAUCGCAGGCGCACUCUGCAUUGCCACCAAUCACGGCGCAGCAAGCACCGACUGACGAUCCGCAGGCAGUUGGGUCAAAGCAGAGCCAAGCUGACCUCUGAGGCAAAAACGGGGAGUCGGCAUGAAAGUGGAGGAGAAAACGACUCCGACAGCAGUUAUGUGGAGCAGCAGACAGAAAGCAGCUCAGAAGCUCCGCAAACGCUGAAGGAAAACGCACCGAGAGAACAAGAACUGGAGCAGGAGUCACAAACCACAGCUUCAGGUGGUCCUCGCGUAGCUCAGCAGGAGGUGGGAGGAGAUGAGCAGGAAGACAAACACACGGCGGAGGAGGAGGACUGAGGUGAAACAGGAGCUACAAGUAACUCCCAGAUAUCUGGUAUCAGUUCUUCUCGGCGUUUCCACUGAGUCAAUCUUCUCAUCUGAAAACUGCUUCAUCUUCUCUCCCGUCUGUGCUGAUGCUCUCAGGAUGUGUGAGGUUUCCAGGAGUACACGGCCUCCUGCCACAGUCCAGACAUGGAUGUGGGGCUGUGGCUCAAGAGGAUGGACCAACAAAUUAGGGCUUUGUCUUCAGUAAAGAAGGGGUGCACCUUACUGCUCUGUCUACAUUCCAGCCGUCUUCUGUGGUCACUGGACCGAAAGAACAAGAUGAGGUGACCAGGAUGCCUCCUGGUUAUUCCUUUGGUGAAAUCAGAACUCAUCUGAGGGAUUAUAUGUCGUCUAAUGUGGGAGCGCCGAGAGAAGCCCCAGUAGGAGCUGGGAGAGAGAUGUCGGGGAUCCUGACCAUAGAUGAUGGUUAACAAGACGUGUUUCUGGUCAUCUGAGAGUCCAACUGUCCUGCACCUCAGAAAAGGAUGUCAUAAUAAGUUCCUAAAUGUGUUUGUUUCUCUUUUUAGUUGUUGUACCGUUUUCACACUCAGGCCCCCCCCCCCGGUUUGCGCCAAGUGAAAACAAUAAGUGCAAUCAGGGGCUGUGAAUGAACCGUUUCUCCCCUCCCUGAAAGCACUCAUCAGGUGAUCUACGUCUCAACCAUUGCAGUCAGCUGCUGCGUGAACACCUGUUUCCAACUAGUAGCACAGCAUAACUGAAGCGCCAGCGUCAGCCCUUGUGUCUCAGCCCCUCCGGUGUGAAGACAUACGUGUAUACCUGCGCGUGUCCACAGAGCAAACAAGCUCGACCCAGACGCUGCUCCAUCAACACCUUGCAAAAUGUGCCAUUAUCCUAUACCUGUGAUCACUGGCUUCAGAGGAAGGUCACACACAGCAAACCGCUUUCGCAACCUUCAAAACCUCCGCUCACUAAAUCCAACUCCCCCGAAGACACCCACCUGUCUAUGGGACUGUGGAACUGUCAAUCAGCUGUAAACAAAGCUGACUUCAUUACCGCAUAUGCUAACCACCUGUCCCUCGAUGCACUGGCUCUCUCUGAGACCUGGAUCAAACCAUGUGACAAUGCUACCUCAUCUGCUCUCUCAGUUAACCACACUUUCUCCCACACUUCUCUUGCAUCUGGCCGAGGUGGUGGAAUGGGCAUGUUAAUGUCCAACAAGUGGAUAUACAGUCAGUUGCUACCAUCACUAAAUACAACUCCUUUGAAUACCUCGCCAUCCAGGUAAAGCCGGGCGGACACUGUGCGACUUUUUCACUCGUAGCACUCAAGCUUCAGCUCAAACUGUAUGACUUCCUCACAGAGCAGAUCUCACGAGUCAUGCGCUCACAAUGCACGACCCAGUUCUCGGAUGCGACCUGACUGCUCACACUGUACGUCUGGUAGCAACACGUCGGACAUAAAAAUAUGCUAAAAAUAGCAGUUUUUACUCAACACGUCAGACUUUUUUGUCUUGUUUUGCCUGUUGUCCUUCGGGAGCGCUGCAGGAGGACACACAGGGAUUUAUGGGGGUUGGAUGAGGAAAACGAAAUAAAGAAAGUAAAUCUGUGUUUUGUGAUCGGUUUAAUUUGACAUGAACACGACAAACACGCUUCCUUGACAAUCUUUGUGAGUAAAAAAACGUGUAGAAACAAAAACGAACAACGUGUGUUAUUAGGGAAAUAGCGGGUGAGCGGCGUUGAUGCAGGAUUGCACAUGCGCCGUGAGCGGUUCUGAUACUUUUUGGGUCGCAGCUGCUCGCAGCGCCGCUUCAACAGUGCGAUACCCUCACGAGGGACGAGCAAAAUUUUAAACACACCAGAAGUCCGUGCAAGCUCACGACUGCUGAUCGGUAGCUGGUCACGUGGUGUUAAUCGCCUCUCGUAACCCCCGUACACUACACGACCGCUCGGCGCAAAACUCGCCCCGAUGUCGUGGAUUCUCGCACGAGUGGAAAAUCGGCUCAAAAAAGUGAAAAAGUCGCACUGUGUACGCCCGGCUUAACUGUACCGAAAAAAUUAUUUUUGGUUGUCAUAUAUCAACCAGGUCAACUGGUAGACUUUCUUGAUGAACUCGACACCCUGCUCUCCUCCAUUCCUGAGCACAACUGUCCCACAAUGGUCCUUGGAGACAUGAAUAUUCACCUGGACAAUCCCAGCUCAUCAGGCUUCCUGUCACUAAUGUCAUCAUUUGAUCUAAAACUAGUAAAAAGUCCUCCAACCCACAAAGCUGGAAAAGCACUUGAUCUCAUUUUCACCAGAAACUGUGCCGUAGACACAAUCUCUGUCACACCGAUGCAUCUUUCCGAUCAUUACUUCAUCCAUUUCAGCACGACUACAAGGGAGGUCCACUGCUUCCUCCCCAAUGCUCUCAUUCCACCGCAACCUCCGCAAUCUGGCACCCGACUACUUCUCCUCUCUUGUUGCCUCCACUCUUCCAUCUCCCAGCACAUUCUCUGCUUAUGAAGUGAAUGAAGCCACCGAGUCACUCUGCUCCACACUCUGCUCUUGUCUUAACAACUUGUGCCCUUUAGCCACUAGACCUGCUAGAUCCUCUGAGUCGCACCCUUGACUGAAUGAUACCCUCCGGGCUCUACGCACCAAUCUUAGAGCUGCGGAACAGAACUGGCACAAAACAAAAGAUCCUGGUGAUCAACUGAAAUUUCAGGAAUUACUGUCCUCAUUCUCUGCCAGCAUCACUGAUGCAAAGAAAGCUUUCUACACUGACAAAAUUCUCAGCUCUACUGACUCUCAGAAACUAUUUUCAACAUUCAAAACUCUGCUCACCCCUCCGUCCCCACCUCCUACCAGCAAUCUAUCAGCUGACACCUUUGCCUCAUUCUUCACUGACAAAGUGGCAGCGAUAAGCAAACAGUUUACUCAACUGGCCACUCCUGAACAUUCACUACCACAAACUCCUUCUAGUCCAACCAUCUCAAGCUCUACUGCUUCAUUUUCCUCUUGUUCCCCUCUCACUGAGAACUGUGUGUCCAAGCUUCUCACGUGCAGCCGCCCUACUACAUGCCCACUGGACCCCAUUUCGACUAAGCUGCUCCAAGCUAUUGCUCCUACAGUAGCCGCAGCAGUCACACAUGUGAUCAACGCUUCACUGACAUCCGGUACAUUUCCCACCUCUCUCAAGCAUGCUCAGGUUAAACCGCUGCUAAAAAAAACAUCUCUUCCUCCAAAUCAUGUGGAGAACUACCGACCUAUCUCUCUCCUCCCUUUUCUGUCUAAAAUCAUAGAAAGUGUGGCUUUCAAGCAGAUCACAGAAUACCUCUCACAAAACUGUCUGCUUGACCCUUACCAGUCUGGGUUCAAAAAGGGCCACUCCACUGAAACUGCUCUGUUAGCAGUGACUGAAUCCUUAAAAGAAGCUAGAGCGACAGGCAAAUCCUCGGUGCUUAUCCUGCUCGACUUAUCGGCUGCAUUUGACACUGUCAACCAUGGCUUCCUUUUGUCCACACUCUCUACCAUGGGCAUCACAGAGAAAGCACACGCCUGGUUUGAAUCGUACCUCACAGGACGAUCAUUCAGUGUAUCUUGGCUUGAACAAUCCUCUACCGUGCACCAUCUUGCCACAGGAGUCCCCCAGGGCUCUGUACUAGGACCUCUUCUCUUUGCCAUACACACCACCUCACUGGGUGAGAUCAUUCGAUCACAUGGCUUCUCCUACCACUUCUAUGCAGAUGACACCCAACUCUCUGUCAUUUCCACCGGACGACCACACUGUCUCUGCACGAAUAUCAAACUGUCUCUCUGACAUAUCAAAAUGGAUGAAAUCCCACCAUCUCCAACUCAACCUCUCUACAACUGAACUACUACUCCCAGCAAAAUCAUCCAUACAGCACAAUACCUCAAUCCAAAAUGACUUCCUAUCUCUGGCUCCUUCAAAGGCAGUUCGAAAUCUGGGUGUUGUGAUUGAUGAACACCUGACCUUUAAAGAUCAUGUUGCCUCUGUUGCUCCUUCAUGCCGCUUUGCGCUGUAUAACAUACGAAAGAUCAGACCAUACCUAACACAACAAGCCACCCAGCUCCUGGUGCAAUCUACUGUCAUCUCCCGCCUCGAUUACUGCAACGCCCUUCUAACUGGUCUUCCAGGCUGUACUGUGAGACCUCUUCAAACGGUCCAGAACGCAGCGGCGCGUCUGGUCUUCAAUCAGCCAAAAAGAGCACACGUCACCCCUCUGUUCAUUGAGCUCCACUGGCUACCGCUAGCAGCACGCAUCAAAUUCAAAUUGCUAACACUAGCAUACAAAGUCCGAGACGGUACGGCUCCCAUCUACCUGAAUCCUCUUGCAAAGGCUUACGUCUCGGCCUGGCCGCUCCGGUCAUCACAGGAUCGUCGGCUAGCAGUGCCUACACCGCGCUCAGGACAAUCCAGACUCUUCUCAUGCAUCGUUCCACAAAUGUGGAAUGACCUACCAAGCACUACCGGAACUGUGGCCUCCUUUUCAAUUUUCAAGAAACUCCUGAAGACCCUGCUCUUCAGAGAGCAUCUUCUAAACUAGCACCCUCCCUGCUCCCGUCCCCCUCUUUACCGUCCACUCCUUGUUCCCUCCUCUCCAUGAUUGAUGUCAAGUUGUUGUUAUUUUUGUUGUUAGCCUCAAGGGCAACAUGCUGAUUAUCACUUGUAAGUCGCUUUGGACAAAAGCGUCUGCUAAAUACAUAAACAUAAAAGGUGCAGCACUGAUGCUCCACACUCCCAGAGACCAGACAGAGCUCAGAGACAUUUCAGACAAAUGUUUUUAAGGUUUUGGCUGAUUAUCCAUCAUCUCAGUAAGCAUAACUGAGCUAACAUGCUAUAUUUAACUUAAUGAUGCCUUUUUUAUUCAUUUAAAGUGUGUUUGUGGUUCCCACCUGAGAUAGACUUCCUUUUCAGCCUGCUUGAGUGUUUCAUCAGCAGAUCCAUUUUUAUAAAGACAAGGUAGAGAAUACAGUUAAUAUGAAGUUAGCUGUUUGUAGUUUUACAGAAAAGUGUUGCUGAGUACAUUAUUUAUUAUGUGUAUUAAAGCUGGAAGCGUUACACGUUAUAUUAGAUACUCUCACAUAAACACCACAGGUGAACUGGUGUUGGUGCUUUUGCUUCUUUCUGAAUAAAUGAGAUCAUUUACUCUCUGA